CGGUAUUAUUCUAAUUAAUAAAACAGCGACCAUUUCAAUUGGUAGCACAAUGUAUUCACUCAGAUGCUCAUCCUAUGUGACAAAACAGCUUCAAGCAAUCCUACUGUGCCUGCGACGACACUUGCAAGAGCCAUCCGCCUCUGAGGAGUAGCUCUCAGGAACCAUUCCUUCUAGAGUCUACUCGCGGAGCGGAUCUGCGUAGGACCUCGCUUUCAUCCUUUGAAUAGCGACAUAAGAAGAUUCCUCGCCGCCGCCAAUCUGAAGGAGCGGGUCUGCUUCAAAGUUUGCCCCCUUUGCCUUCGCAAUAAUAUCGUACGAAGACUCAUCGCCGCUUCCAAUAUGGAGGAGGGGGUCUGCUUCGAAGUCUAUCUCAGUAGGGAAGCACUGAGUGUAAGGUAGCUGGCAAACAGGACAGCGAGAAUGGGUGGUCUCAUCUUGUUGGGCUUGCUUUGCUCCUGUAUUGGGUCUUUGAAUGAAUAUUCUCUCAGGAAGAAACGACUUGGUGUUUAUUUGAUCACGUUCCUCUUCCCAGGACUGUCUUCUCGGUCUUUUAUAUACCUUGGGUUGAACCUAACUGUAUUGAGGCUUACCGACAUUACACCGCAACGAGUAUCGAGGGUAGGACGAGGCGUCCAAUGCAUUGUUGUGCGGAGCUAUGCCAAGCGCAUGAUGAUUAUAAAUGUUUAAUCAUUGACACUGUUGAUUUUAGGCAGUAGAACGUCUCUCAUAUUUUAGCUGUGAAUGUGCCAAUCCAGCUCUGACGGCCUAGGGAUGAUUCUCUGAGAUUCGAGAGACCCAAGAAUAAGUGUAAACAUGAACAUAAACAUCGGAGACUCCUCGGAAAGGCACGUUAUGGUAGAUAUCUUAGUGGUGGUUGGUUACACCCUGGCAAAGUUAGGGUUACAUAUGAGUUCAACGUGAUGUUCACAUGCGAAACAAUGCAUUGCAUAAUAGAAUAAGAGAACAAGAGAAUUGUAGGACCAGCAAAGUUUACAGUGUAACCCGUCGAAGAUAUGCC